CUGCUAUGUAAGGGAAGCCUCUCACCUUCAAAUACGGAGGAAGGGGAGAUAGCCUUGCAGGAUCCGCAGUCCUUCAGAAGGGAAAGCAGAAGUACUGUCUGCCCGUGUCAGAAGAGAAUUUUCUCCAGCUUCUGCUAACUUCCCUGACCUAAUAGCUCUUGAAGAAGGGAAAGGGAUGGAGGAGACCAGCAAAGAGGACUAUAAAAUACAUUCAUUUGAUGCAGAGAUUCAGCAGUUACUGAAAACAGCACUCAAAGAAUUGAGUGUUGUCUCUUCUUCUGUAGAUCCCAGCAGCGUGGAUCUGGAGAAAGUGGCCAAUGUAAUUGUGGACCAGUCCUUAAAAGACUGUGUGUUCAGUAAAGAGGCUGGGCGUAUCUGUUACACCAUCAUCCAGGUGGAAAGCAAACAAACAGGCCAGAGUAUCUUCCGGCGGGGCCUUCUCAACCGCCUGCAGCAGGAGUAUAAGGACCGUGAUGAAUUGCGAGCCCAUUCCCUCCAGGCCUGGAUCUGCUAUGUCACCUUUAUCUGCAACAUCUUUGACUAUCUGAGGGUCAACAAUAUGCCCAUGAUGGCAUUGGUGAAUCCUGUUUAUGACUGCCUCUUCCGAUUGGCUCAGCCUGAUAGUCUGCAGAAAGAGGAAGAGGUGGACUGCCUGGUGCUGCAGCUACACCGCAUUGGUGAACAGCUCGAGAAGAUGAACAGUCAGAGGAUGGAUGAGCUCUUUUGCCUCCUGCGCGAUGGAUUCCUUCUGCAGGAGGGUCUCAGCUCCCUGUCCCAGCUGCUACUCCUGGAGAUCAUCGAGUUCCGGGCCACCAACUGGAAAAUGACAGAAGCAGCCCAGAAGUACUAUUACAGCGAGAUCACUGAUUGAACGCUGAAGCCACCAGCAGAGCCUGCACUUGCACCAGUUUCACCAGCAAACUUCACACCAAAGCUGCAACUUGUCCUAAUGCUUUUUAUUCCCCUAGACCUUUUGGUAUAGAACGUAUCCCCUGCUCCUUUGUGCCAAGGAACUGCUGCCUGAAACUGAGGAGCUGGGAGAACAGUUUGAUUUGAAAGAGUAGCAGAUACUUGGCCACUGCUGCUCCUGUUGUAUUGCACUAAAUACUGACUUGUAUUAUGUAUUAUUGCAGGCUAGGCUGGCAUUUUACACAGGGAGGUUCUCUCUCUUGCAUACAUUCAGUUUAACAACCUAAAUGGCAGGGGUUUAAAACUAGCCUAGGAAUAAUUUUACAUAUGCUUCAAAGAAAUAUCGACUCUUUCUGGCUUGUAUUGGUAAGGUUUUCUUUCACAUAACACUUGGUAACCAGCCUCGAUUUGCCCCUUUUUGAAAAGAGAAAAGGAUUCUGUGAACAAAGCACAAGCGUCAUUUGCUUCUUUGGAACCAAGCUUUCUCCAAUGGAACCAUCAGCCACUCUGAGAUCCACAUGAUGUUUAGACUAGACUACUCUGAAAUCAAAAUCAAAAGCUGUUUCUUUUCUCCCCAACUACAAGAAACUAGUCUGACAGGGGAUAGUACUGCAUAAUUAAGGAGAUUUUGCUGGACAGCCUUCAGCCAUAUCAAAAAGGCAUAGUCCAAGAAGGACUGCAUUGAUGGUUAAUCCUUACCUACUUAGAUGCAAAGUCCAUCACAAUAAAAACUUAGGAGAAAAAUAGUUAGGAUGGGAAAAGGGACAGUUUUUUGCUCCCUCCCCGCCUUUUUUUUUUCCUUAGGCAAAACAGCCCUGGUUCAUUACGCAUAUAAUUUAGAUUCCUUAAAGGCUACAUGAUUCUCUCCUGGAAUGAAGGGGCAAAUCUUCUACCAGUCUAGUGGCUUUGUCACAGAGCAGGUUUCUCUAACACAAUGCCCUCCAGCUGCAGACUUCAACCCUGUAGAAGUUCAAAUCCAAAACAUCUGGAGGGCAUCAGAUUGUGGAAAUCCAUCAGAGUGUAGUAUGCCCUAAGAAACUGCUGCCCAGCAAUUCCUGUGAGUUCUUGAUGCUUCUGAAGGAUAUUUCUGGAUUCUAACCCUGCAACCGCACUUUAAAAAAAAAAGAGGCUAUCAUUGGUACUUUGAUCUUUCUCCAACUACAGGAAAUUGCUAUGUAAAUACUUGCAGCUCUCAUCUUUCUUCCAGGCCAGCUCAGGUGUAGCUAUUAGCUAAGGUGGCAUAUUCUGCAAAGCAACAGACUUUUCCAAAGCUACAGCAAGAUUAGCCCCUUUUGGAGUAGGUAACAAAUUAUUUUAUAACUUUUCCCCCAAAAAACUACUUUAAACCUUAGUACUGUAAAUUUCUCUUCAGGAAAUUGGUUCUGUUUGGAACUUUUAUAAUAAUAAAUAAUUUACACUUCUGC